AUGCCACACGUGGAGACCUUCAACCUUGUUGGAAUAGAGAAGUCAGCUUCAAAAGAGGAUCGGGGAGGUCUAGUGAUACCCACAGACGAUGUGUGGAGAGGCUCUGACGAAGGAAAAACAAUGCGUGAGCCACAUGCGGGGAGAAGACCCCCGAAGAGAAGUCAUGCGUGGAGGCAUAUGCUAGAGAAUUACGGUAUUAUUCAAUAG